AUGGCUCAACAAUCUCCAAUGCCCGACCUUCGACCACCAGUUUCAACUGGUAUUAUUUCUAAUUCAACUUCAUCUGUACCUGUACCGAUUCAUGUUACACAAGCAAUCCGAGACUAUGUACCAGCUGAUGGAUUUACGGUACUGCCAAAACGCCGUGGAGAACGAUCGAUAAUUCUUGACUGGGGGGUACGCGUUACUUCCACGCUUGAAGGCAAGAAAUACGUGUGCUGGAUAUGUCAAGGUAGUCUCGAAUGCCGUCGCGAAAACAAAAUAAUUCAGCUGUUUGGUAAUACGUCUAAAGCUACCAAGCACCUUGGCGAAAAACACUUGCUGACAGCAGGCAAGAUCACAGCAGAAACCACGAGGAAACGUGACCGAGCUGAGGAGCUAGAGCGCAUACGAUGUGCUAUUGCUGAUGGGGCAGAUAGCAGAAGAAUGACGUUGUUGCUUGAAACGAUGCGCGUAGUGAACAAUAAUCUCCCGUUUCGGAUCGGGGAAUACGACGAAUCGGAGUUGCUUGCAGACUUGGUAGUCCCAGACGAAUUUCGAGCGACUAUCAACAAUCACACCGUAACGCGAGCUAUUGCAGAGCUUUAUAUAAGUGCUCGACAGGCUAUUCGGUCUCAUCUUGAACGCAGCAGAGUCAACAACUAG